AUGGCAUCCGUCUCGUCCUUGGAUAAGGACCUACGCAGAUUGCGCCUGGAGAAAUACACUCCCGCAGCAGCCGACGAGGCUCGCGCAUGGAUCGAAGAGACGCUGGGGGAGCCUUUGCCGUCAAAGGAUCUGCUGGACGGCCUCAAAGAUGGCGUCGCUCUCUGCAAGCUCAUCAACCUCGUCGCUCCCAGCCCCGGCAUCAAGUUCAAAAAGUCAGCCAUGCCGUUUGUUCAGAUGGAAAACAUAUCGCAUUUCUUGCGCGCAUGCCAGGCUCCGCCCUUGAACCUGCAUCAGCACGACACAUUUCUCACCGUCGACUUGUAUGAGCGAAAGGAUCCCGCCCAGGUGCUGCAAUGCAUCGGCGCAUUCAGCAGAGCCGCGAAUGCCGCAAACCCUAGCAACUUCCCGAAUCCCAUCGGACCCAAAACAGCAAAGCUGGGUGUUGGGUCAUCAGACGUUAGACCAACGAGCUCCAGCGGCCAGUCGGUCAGCAGCUGGAGCAAGAAGGAACACGAAGGCUCGACGGCUCCGGCUUGGAAUAUUGCACAGUACGGCUACAUGGGCGGCGCCAGUCAGGGCAGCAUGGGAGUCGCUUUUGGAGCUCGCAGGCAGAUCACUAGUAGUACGCCUCAGGUACCAAGUUUAGCUGAGAAGGAGCGCAUUCGAAAGGGAAAAAUAGCGGAAGAAGAACGCCAGCGACAAGAAGCCCAGGCCCGGCGCCAAGCCCAGCUGGAAGCCGAAGAACGUGCUCGUGUCGAGGAGGAGAAACGAUGGCAGGAAGAGACGGAGAGACAGAGGGAAGAAGAGCGCCGCAAGGUCCUACAGGAGAAGCAGAAAUGGGAGGAAGAGGAGAGGCAGUGGAAGUUGACCGAAGAUAAGCGCCGAAAGGAAGAAGCUGAAGCUGAGGCUCGUGUCGAGGAAGAGCGACGCCGUGCCAGAACCCGCAGCCCUGCCAAGCUGCGUGGGCAAUUCCUAAGCCAGUACCAAGCCGAGCAGGCUAGCGCUGAGAAGGCCGAAGCUGACGAAUCAGCCCAAAAAGAGCGGGUUCAUGAGGCACGGCAGCGUGAAGCCGAGUAUGAGCGUGAGCGACAGGAGCGAGCUGCCGAAGGCAAAGUGCCUGAUUCACCAGUUCGACUAAGAGGCCGACCAGGCGAACCGCGAAGCCCCCGGGGGCAAGGCAAUACCUCGCAGCUGAACCGCCAUGAGUCUUGGUCGCAGGGCGAGCGCGAGGUCCUCCAUACCAAGUGGAAGCAGCACCAAGAUAACUUGAAAGAGGACGAGCGAGAGGGAUUAGCCUCCUCGCCGCUGCCCAAGUCUCCCAGGCCUCUCCCAACCCCUAACACUGCUACGGGCGGACGACCGCUGCCUGACCCAGCCAAAUACUCAUCCCCUCCGAGAGAAGCGCCGCAGAAUCGCACAGACCGCUUCCUGGCUUCUAACCCGGCCCCAAUGCCGUUUGUGGCCCAGCAGACGUACGCUCGAGAGCUCGGCGCAACGGAGGAACGCGAUGCCGAGGACCAGCGUCGACUCCAGAGCCAGGACAAGACCAAGGCGGCCGGCUGGGCGUCCAAGUCGCUGCUCGAGCGAGAGAAGGAGCUGGAAAGACAGCGUCAGCAGGAGUGGGAGGAGGCCCAGAAGGAGACGGCGGCCAUCAAACGGGGCGACAGCGGCGUCGACGGCAUUGGCGGAGGGAUUGACGGGCGAUGGGACGUCAGCCAGUGGAGUGGCUACACCGGCGGCGACGGCCAGAACAAAGGAUCGCAGGGCAUCGGCGCUGGGCGGAGGCAAAUUGUAGGGCCGCGGCCUCUACCGCGGUAG